AUGAUCGCGUACAAAAUAAGAUCUAGAGUCAUACUCGUCUUAAUUUAUGUUCUUGCCUUUGAAAAUGUAGUUUUAAGUGAAUACCGAACAUUAAAUGGAACCAAUAAUGAUAAAGAUACUAUAGGGGUGGUAAAUAUGCCAUUUGUACGGCAACAAGUACCUCUAACAUAUUUCCAAGAUAAUGUUGCAAUUAUGGUAUCUACUCCAGGAAAUUAUACAACACUUACAACGGCUGUAAGUUGUGCUGACAGGUUACCAGCUGGUAACCUUCCACUACCUAGAUGCGUCAGUAAUGUCCUUCAUUCAUAUCGAUUAAAAGCGAAUGAUGUUUUUAAUUUAACGUAUUUGGAGCAAUUUAAAUCGAAAAGAAGUAUUUCUCAUAUAGUUAGCGUUGGUCCAGAAAAUGGUCAAAAUUUUCCACAAGGGAUCUAUAUUCCCACUGAUGAUAGCACCUAUCAGUCCAACUAUAUAGUCGGACCAAAUGUUACAAUGAAUCAACCAUAUUUAGCAUUCAACCGCUCCCAAGGCUCUGGAAAUGUCGGAAUUAACGCGGGUACACCUUUUCUCGACGGGUCUCAUCUCUAUGGAGUAACAGAUGCUCAAACUUCUUUAAUUCGUGAUACUGAUACUGGUAGCAGAGGAAAAAUGAGACUAGUUACAUCAAAUCAAACGGAGGAUGGUAAACUAGGGUACCCACCUAAGGAUGCAAAUGGAGAAUACAUUUUUGGGUUAACUUCGCUUAAAGGAAGAAAUGUUUUUACAGACGAUGUGAUGAAUUAUAUGCGAUUCAUGGUAACUCUUGGAAUGAUGAAACUUAUUUUCAAGAAGCAAGAAGAUGGUAUCCUUUUAGGAACUCCUUUACCAGUUUAUAAAAGUUACAAUGCGGAUCUUAAACCGGCUGUUGACACUUUCUUUGCGACAACUUCAAUGCGUUAUGGUCAUAGCGAAGUUAGUGAUAAUUACGCAAUUGUUGAUGACAAAGGACAUUUUAUUACUACUUUACAAUUAAAUUCACUUCAACAACCUCAUUUACUCGAAUUGUAUGGUAUUCCUAAUCUUGUAGUAUCGAUGGCUCUUCAAAUGCAAGAAGAAGUUGAUAUAUAUAUUAGUGACCAGAUGCGAUAUUAUCUUUUUAAAUCCGAAUUAAUGGACAUAGCGAGUCUUGAUUGUAUGAGAGGGCGUGAUCAUGGAAUCCCAAAAUAUAAUGACGCAAGACAAUAUUUUGGUUUAACUCGGGCUCAAGAUUGGUCUGACAUUUCAUCUGAUCCCGCUGUGCAAAGUCGUUUACGGAAUGUUUAUGGUACUGUUGAUCAAGUUGAAUCAUUUGUUGGGGGCCUUGCUGAAGAUCAUGUCCCUGGUUCAAAUCUUGGCCCUUUAUUUUAUCAUAGUUAUAUUAAUCAGUGGACAAACAUACGAGAUUUUGAUAGAUUUUGGUAUGAAUCACCAGGUGGAGGAUUUACUUCUGAUGAAAUAAAUACCAUUCACAACACGACUUUAGCCAUGGUGAUUAAUAGAAACAUUCCAAGUACAUAUUCAACACCAACAAAUUUAUGGGUGGUUCAACCAGUCGUUGCACCUAAUGCCACCGCUCCAAAUUCUUCUUAUUCUCCAUUUAAUAUCUUAAAAUUUUCCAAUACAUAUCAAGUACAAUGGAGGAUUGAUGGUUCUGAUCUUUAUUUAUUUAUGACAAUGCAAAGUGCAAAUGCCUGGUUUGGUAUUGGAUUCAAUUCGUUGGAUGGUGGCAUGUUGUUUGCUGAUAUGAUAAUCGUAACUGUCAACAGCUCUAUGAUAGAUGUUGGUCUUUAUAUGCCCACUGCUUAUCAGAAACCUGAUCGUGAUUUAAAUAGUACUUUCCUUACUGUCUUAGGAAAAAAUGUAACUAAUGGGUACACUCAGGUAGAAGUGAAACGCCCCCUUAAUGCUCCAAACCGAAAACCUAUUACUAAUUCUUUAACAACAACAAUUUAUGCCUUCAAUCCGUCAGUCAGUAUACUAACUUACCAUGGUGGAAAUCGUGGGUCUAUGAGCGUUAACUUUUUCACUGCGUCAACUGCUGGUUCUUUAACUGAGCAAUCCAGAAAAAUGCAAUUGGCCCAUGGAACUGGCAUGUUUACAAUAUGGUGUGUCUUAUUCCCAGUGUCAAUAUGGAUCGUUAGGUAUAUGAGACAUAGGGAUUCACAUAUGUUUCAACAUCGAAAUCUUCAAAUUGUUGGUGCUUUCUGUGUUGGAAUCUUUGGUGCUGUAGCAAUGUCUUCAGUUACUGUACAGUUCAGAGUCCCCCAUGGAAUUCUUGGUACUUCAAUCUAUACUGGUUUAAUUGUUCAAGUAGCGCUAGGAUUGUUGGCAAUAUUUGGUUUAGCACAUGUUGAAUCUGCUUUUUUGUUGGCCAUGAUCUUUUUGGCAAGCGAAUUUUAUUACAAGAUUAAGAAUUUACAAUUUUUAUGGCCAACUCGAAUGAUGAAUGAUACAAAUUUACGAAUUCAUAGAAGAAUUCCUGAAAAAGUUUAUGAAUUACUUCCUGCUUAUACAUGGAGUGAAUUUAAUGAAAAAGUUUUGUCUGGUGCUUGCCUUGUCGUCGCUGAAGGACUGGUUUUCGAUAUUCAUAGUUGGAUCAAAAUUCAUCCCGGUGGUCAAAAAAUUUUACGCAGAGUGAUCGGAACAGAUAUUACUAAUGACUUCUUUUUUGAUCCAAAUGUGCAAAUGGUUAUCUCAAGAAACUUUGAUAAAGAACAUGAACUAUUACAAUCAAAUACUAUUGAUACUACAGAAUAUCCAACCGUUCAGUUAAAACAUAAUAAACCCAGUUCUGGUGUUCCAAGUUCUAUUGCAAGAUCAAUUGAUAUACUUAAUAGUGUCACUUUUAAAAAUACUAGAGUCGCAAUGCAUAGGCAUUCUAAAUUUGCAACCGCUAAAUUGGCCACUAUGGUUAUUGCACGCAUUUCUGGUUAUGAUGAUGAAAAUGUUUCAAGACCGGCUGUUGAUGGAAUAUUACCAUAUUUAACACCUAGUAAAUCCAGAAUUUCACCUGACAUAUUUAGAAGAUAUAUUCUUACAAAUAUUGAAGAUGUUACAAGAUAUGAUGCUGAAAAUCCUGUAAAGAAAUUUACUUUUCAAGUUAUCCAUCCAUAUGAAAAAUUACCUGAAAUAUUACCUGGUGAUUAUAUUGAAGUCAUGAGCUAUACAAAUAAAACAACUAUUGUCAGACCGUAUACUCUUCUCAAAGGACCUUCUAAUACUACUUUCUCGAUCAUUGUCAAAAUUUAUAAAGAUGGUGUUAUGUCUCAACAUUUGGGUAAACAACUAAGAAAUUUUGAGAUUGCAGUUAGAGGUCCAUUUGAUGUAUCAGAACGAAUUGAACAGGUUGAAUUACCUUCUUCUUCUGAAGCAGGUUUACGACGUAGACUACGUGCAAGUAUUAUGAGUACAUCUGGCCAUUCAUCUAGCCGUAGAUAUACAAAAUCAAAUACAGCUUAUAGUAGAUAUGGAAGUGUUUCCAGUGAUGAUAACAAUUAUAGAGCUCCAUCUAGUAGAAUUUUAUUAAAUAGUGCUAGGGAAGAUAAAUGUUGGGAUUACCUUUUCCUCGUUUGUGGUGGUACAGGCAUAACCCCUGCACUUCAACUGAUUCAAUAUCAUUUAGAACAAAAAGAUUCAAAAUUCCAUAUUCAUUUAAUCACAGCCAAUCAUUCGAUUGCUGAUAUAAUUAGCCUUAAAUAUCUUUUAUAUCUUCAAGAUAAUAGCGAAGGAAAAUUUACUGUAGAGUUUAUUUUAUCAAGAGCACCACCAACAUGGAAAGGUUAUGUAGGAACUAUUGAUGAUAAUUUAUUAUAUGAGUGGAUUAGUAAGAAUUAUCAACCUCUACAACCACCUAAAAUUCCGGAAAGACCAAAUAUUAUGCAAUUACUGCCAAAUCAAUCACUUACACACAUACAGACUGAUGAAAUUUAUGUUGAUGAUUCUAUUAAUCAAUCUGAUGAUUAUAUACUUACCAUGUCACCAACAUCUAUCGAUCAACCUGGAUCUCCACUGUCUGUAUCUUCAACUGCAACUCCAAUUCCUGACUUAAAAAUACCUAUUUAUCCUCCGACAAAUGCAAUGAUCCUUCUUAAUGAAAGACAUGAAUUCAUGAAACUUUUAGCGAAUGAUACUAUACAUCAAUUAAGAGUUAUAGUUUGUGGUCCUCCUGCUAUGAUGGAAAAUAUUAGAAUAGCUUUAAACAAGAUUGGUUUCCCAGAUGAAAAAGCUAUCUUUAUAAUUUGA